AUGUUGUUAAAAAACGAUUUCAAACGAUAUCAUUAUCUUGUGAGGCUCCACACAAUAUGUACCAUAGCAUUUAUUAUACGUUUCAUUGUUUUAUGUACCGAUUUAUCAUCUGCUAAAAGUGAUGCAAUAGCUUUCCCUAUAAUGAUAUUAUUAUUGGAAUUAGGAUCAUCCUUUAUUACUUUUGUUGCAAAUUUUAUCUAUAUUUUUCUUCGUUAUCUUGGACCAAUUCUAUUCGAAUCUGAUCGUGAAAAAGUUGGAUGUUGUUCUCAAUCAUUUACUUGGAAUUUAGCAACAUUAACAUGUUUUCGUUGUGAAUGUUAUCGAGAACAUCCUCAACUUGUUUUAAUAACUCGAUUUAGUAUUUUAAUUUUAUUUGAAGUAAUGCGAUUUAUAGCUUUUAUACUUGCUUGUAUAUGUGCAAAUCGUUAUAGACCAAUAGGUUUAGGUUAUUCGAUUUUAGCUGGAUUUUCGCUUGUACCUGCCUUAUUUUUACUAGUUGUUGAAUAUCUUCAUCAUCAUCGCCUAUGGUUUCAUUGUCGACCAGAUACUUCCUCUGAUGAAAAGCCUCGAUAUGCCGAUGAACACAUGUGUUUCUUACCGAUUGCAAUGACAAAUGAUAAGCAAACAAGUCAUUGGCAAAAUUCUCGAUGUGACAAAGGACAAAAUUGUUUGUCACGAAACCUCUAUCAUGUAAUCAUGUAUCACGCAGGAAACACACGCUAUCCUCCUGAUCGAACAACGGAUGGUCAAAUUGUUGUUGGAUUUCAUCAAACAAGUCAUGCUGCUGCUUAUUCUAUCGCUAAGUCAAAGUUGAAACCUUCGAAAACAGGAUGGAUCGGACAAGGUAUAUAUUUUGCAACAUCACUGAAUCACACAGAAUUUAAAGCUAAUCAAUUUGGAGCAUAUGUUUGUGCGAAAGUAGAUUUGGGUAAAACACAACGCAUCAAAAAUCCCGCAGAUUGGUCUUCUGUAGGUAACUGUGAUACAGUUUAUUACGAACAUCCUCGUGGUGCUGAUGAAUUUUGUGUACGUAAUGAAAAACAAAUUCGUUCUUGGAUUAUUGUUAUUGAUCAAGAUCCGAAUGUGGCUGUCUUAAAAGAAAAAAAUAAUAAACCCUUAUCAUCCGGAAAAUAUGUUGAAGAUCGAUUAGAAGACAUUGUGUAUCAAGGAUGUUUGUUUUAA